AUGGGCAUCAGAAGCAUUAACGAUAUUCCCAGCCUCACUCAGCUCUACCGAGAUCCAGAUUCUAUCCUCUCCGCGAGUAUUCCAACGGGCGAAACUGCCUACUCUCCUGAUGAUUCCAUCAACAGACGCAUCGGUUUGAUCCGAGGAGACAUCACCGAACUUCGUAUCGACGCCAUCGUCAACGCUGCCAACAAGUCCCUCCGCGGCGGCAGCGGUGUCGACGGCGCCAUUCAUAGCGCUGCAGGACCUGAUCUAGUCAAGGAGUCUCGAGCCCUCGGCCCCAUCGACACUGGUGAUGCUGUCAUCACCAAGGGAUACAACCUUCCUGCCAAGCAUGUCAUCCAUACAGUCGGUCCAAUCUUCGGUAAUGAAAGACAUCCUAACGAGAAGCUCACCAUGUGCUACCGCGAGUGUCUCAAGUUGGCCGUGGAGAAUGGCGUCGAGACUAUUGCAUUCAGCGCCAUCAGCACAGGAAUCUAUGGAUUCCCAAACGAUCCUGCCGCCAAGAUCGCCUGCCAGACUGUGAGGGAGUUUCUUGAGACUGAAGAGGGAAACAAGCUGUCUCGAGUGGUAUUCGUCACGUUUGUUCCGCGUGACGUCAGCGCCUACAACAAGAUUAUUUCAACGAUUUUUCCUCCUGCAAGCGAAACAGUCACAGAAUGA